AUGAAAAAUUUAUUAGCAUCAAUAGAUAAUGAUCCAUUUGAAAAUAUUCCUGUCAAUAAUAAUAAAAAUGAUAAAUAUAAACCAACAAUACAUUCAUCAACCUCAUCAUCAACCUCAUCAUCUUCACCAUCAUCUUCUAUGUUUUUCUCAAAUACAAAUAAUAAUAAUAAUAAUAAUAAUGGUACUAAUAAUGGUAAUAGUAAUGGUAAUAGUAAUGGUAAUAGUAAUGGUAAUAAUAAUAAUAAUGGUAAUACAAAUAAUAGCAGUAAUUAUGAUACAUUUGAUAGUGAUGCUGAAAGUAAUAGUAGUACAGGUAGCCAUAGUAACAACAACAAUAGUAGCAGUGGUAAUAAUAAUAAUAGCAAUAGUAUAAACAAUAAUUUAAAUAGUAGUCAAGAGGAUGAAGAUAUAGCAAGUUUUGGUGAUGAUAGUGAUAAUAAAUUCUCACCGCCCCCACCUAAUAAAAAAGGAGGUAAAAGGGCUGGUAGACCAAAAAAAUUACCAAUUACCACAAACAACAAUGACAGAGCAACUAGUCCACCACCCCAAACUACCGGAAAGGGUAGAGGUGCUAAAUUACCUUCAAACAGUAAAAGUUUACCUUCUAAUCCUUCAAAACCAAAUUAUACUCCAACAAUAGGUUCAAAUAAUAAUAAUAAUAAUAAUAGUUUAUUUGGAAAUAGUAAAAAUACUUCAAGUAAUAAUAAUAAUAAUAAUAAUAAUAAUAAUAAUAAUAAUAAUAAUAAUAAAAAUUUUAGUAACAAUAAUAGUCUAAGAGAAUCAAAAGAAGAUUUCGAUUUAUUAGCAAAAGAUUUAGAUAUGAUUGGUUGUGAAACAACAACUACAACAACUACAACAACAACUACAACAGCAGCAUCAAUAUCAACAAAUAUUACAAAUACUAAGCCUAAUAAUAAUAAUUAUAUUAAUAGCAAUAAUACAACAAAUGAUGAAUUAAAUGAUAUAAAUAUGGAAUUAGAGGAAGAAUUAUUUGGUAAACCUGGUGAUAUAUUGAGUGCACCACCACAACUACAAACAGAGGAUGAUGAUGGAGAUAUCAUAUUUGAAGAAUUCCCUGUUAACCUUAAUAAUACUGGGAAUGAUAAUGAUGAUGAUAACAAUAAUAAUAAUAAUAAUAAUAAUAAUAAUAAUAAUAAUAAUAAUAAUAAUAAUAAUAAUAAUAAUAAUCAUAAUAAUAAUAAUAAUAAUGAUGGUGAUCUUUCUUUUUCUUUGAAUGAUUCUGCUUCUACCAUACCACCAUUUCAAUCAAAUAGCAAUAACAAUAACAAUAAUAAUAAUAAUAAUAAUAAUAAUAAUAAUAAUAAUAAUAGUAGCAAUGGCAAAGGCAUUGGUCUAAAUGAUAGCUCUAGUUUCUUACCAAAAACUUAUAAGCCUCCAUCAUCUUCUGCAAGACCAUCUGCUCCAACUACAACUGUUCAACCACCAAACUUUUUAGGUGGUAAUAAUAAUAAUAAUAACAUUUCUAACAAUACUUCUAUUAUUAAUAAUAAUAAUAACAACAAUAAUAAUAAUAAUAAUAAUAAUAAUAAUAAUAAUAAUAACAAUAUUCCUAACAAUACUAAUAAUAGUAAACUUAAUAAUUUACCAACCAACAAAAGUAAUGGACCUGUCAAUAGUACUAAUAAUAGUAUUGCUUCCUUUAAUAAUCCAUCUCAAAAACAACCAUCUGACAAUAAUAAUAAUAAUAAUAAUAAUAAUAAUAAUAAUAAUAAUAAUAAUAAUAAUAAUAAUAAUAAUAAUAAUAAUAAUAAUAAUAAUAAUAACCAAAAUAAUUUGAGUACAUCUUUUCAAUCUGGAGAGAGUGAUAGCGAUAGUUAUAGUAGCGACAGUGAUAGUUAUAGUAGUGAUAGCGAAAGUGAUAGUGAUAAUUAA